UUCGAAAAACAUCGUGCUGAAAGUGUGCAGACGACGAGUUACAAGUUAAAUGCCGCAUUGUUUAUAAAAUAUAAUAAACGAAAAGCAAAGUGUUCGUAGAUUAUUUUGCCAGAAAAACAAACAGAAAAAUAAUAAUGGUUCGUUAUAUGAUAUACAUGUCUUACAUCGGAUCUCGUUACAGAGGUGCUCAACGACAAUCAGGAUCAGAAUCUCUGUUAGAUGUUGAUUCUAUUCAGGGUGCUAUUGAGGCUGGAUUGUUGACUCUUUAUCCACGAAGUUUGAUCAGACCAAAAUUGACCUUGUCGAGCAGAACAGAUGCAGGGGUUCAUGCUUUAUGCUCCACAGCUCAUGUGGAAUUGGAAAAUCCACAUGAACCAUUUUAUGAGACUGAGUCAACUCUAAAAACCUUGAAUCGAUAUUUAACCCAUUGCGGACAUGAAAUUAGAAUAACUUCUUUCUUUCCGAUAAAAGAUACUUUCCACGUCAGAUUUGGAGCUCAGUCUCGUACCUACGUUUAUAGGCUUAUGUGCCCAAAAAGCCAACACGAACUGAAACUACCCAUAGCAGAACUGGGACGUACAUGGAAUUUAAGUGAUACCAAAUUUGACAUAGAAAAGGUAAAAGCAGCAACGCGCUUGUUUAUGGGUAGAAAGAACUUUGAGACUUUUUCGGGUAAAAAUCGAACAGGGCGCGAGCUGCGAUACGAAAGAAGUUUGAACAUACUAAAGAUCGAAGACGGAGAGCCACUCAUGUUGAUGGAUCCGCUGUCUAAGAAUUUUCAUUAUUGGAAUAUCGUCUGCAAUGCAAGAGCUUUUCUUUACAAUCAGGUCCGUCGAAUCGUGGGAGCCUUGGCAGGCAUCGGAUUUGGAAGUUUAACAGAAAGGGACAUAAACAUUAUGCUGCAUGUUCCAUCCAGUCAGAGUUGGACAGCCACUAUGCCAGUCGCACCGCCUCAUGGACUUUACCUCAAAGAAGUGACGUACGAUCGCGUAGAAUUAGCAACCAGUCGAAUACGUCAUUAGAUUACUGUUUUUUU